GUGGGUUAUCGCUCCCCCCGCGAAAAACCCUAAUUAACUAACUUCAACUCCGAUUCAAACUUCGCAACUGGAUUCCCUCAACAAUUUCAAUUCCUUCUUAUUUUCCACUUUCGAUUCUAAACUUGUUUUCGAAACCUCCAUCUCGUUGACUGAUUCUGUAGAUUUUGUUUUGAAAGCACAAUGGUGUACUGUGGUCACUGUGCCAAAAACGUUACUGGCCAGCGACUCGAUGAUGGUUACUUAUGUUGUAAAGUCUGUGGAAGGGUGUUGGAAGAUCAAUAUUUUUCUGAGGAGCCAACGUUUUUUAAAAACGCAGCAGGGCAGAGCCAAUUAUCGGGCAAUUAUGUAAGAACGAUUCAAAGCGAGUACUCUGCUUCACGUCAAAGGACUUUAGAUAGAGCUUAUGAUGAAAUGAAGUAUUUAAGCUUCAGCCUUGGAGUGAAUGAUGAAAAUAUGGCCAACCAAGCUUUGGCCUUUUAUAAAAUAGCGAUUGAGCGAAAUUUCACCCGUGGACGUAAAUCAGAGCAAGUACAGGCUGCUUGUCUCUAUAUUGCAUUCAGGCAAAACAAUAAACCAUACCUUCUUAUUGAUUUUUCAAAUUAUUUAAGGACAAAUGUUUAUGUGCUUGGAGCAGUUUUCUUGCAGCUUUGUAAAGUGUUAAGGCUUGAAGAGCACCCAAUUGUUCAAAAGCCAGUUGAUCCUAGUCUUUUUAUUUAUAAAUAUACUAAUAAUUUAUUAAACCAAAGGAGUGUGCUUGUCUCGGAAACUGCACUGAGCAUUAUUGCAAGCAUGAAACGGGACUGGAUGCAGACGGGGAGGAAACCUAGUGGAUUAUGUGGUGCAGCAUUAUACAUUUCUGCUCUUGCACAUGGUUUUAAGUACUCUAAGCCAGAUAUUCUAAGAAUCGUCCAUGUAUGUGAAGCAACAUUGACCAAGCGAUUGGUUGAAUUUGAGAACACAGAGUCUUCUAGCUUGACAAUUGAGGAAUUGAAUACGAUGGCAAAAGAACACGAAAGAAAUCCAACACUAAUUCCAAAUGAUGAAGUCAAAAAAUGUAAUUCAAAAGAUCUACUGUGCGAGCACAAGGAUAGUGGAGUGGCGUAUUUUGCUCUUGGAUUAUGUGAAACAUGCUAUAAGGAUUUUGAUAAACUCUCUGGAGGACUUGGUGGUGGUUUGGAUCCUCCUGCAUUCCAGCAAGCUGAGAUGGAGAGAAUGAAAAGCACACUUUCUGAGGAAAUUGCCGACGAAUCACAUGAUUUGUUGAAAGCAUCAAAUGGUGCGUGCAAGAGCCGGAAAGAAGAUUUUCCUUCCUCUGUGCCAGAAAGUAUUGGUGCUAAUGUUGAGCAUGAGGCCACUAAAGAUGGUAAGUAUGAUGAGUCACAUAGAGAAGAUGAUACCAGUGCAAAAACUGAUGAUGAAUCAGAAAGUUUCUCAGAUAUUGAUGAUCAAGAGGUUGAUGGGUAUCUUAACAAUGACGAGGAGAAGCAUUACAAGAAGAUAAUAUGGGAAAAAGUGAACCGAGAGUAUCUUGAGGAGCAAGCAGCCAAGGAAGCAGCUGCAGCAGCUGCUAAGAAAGCUUUUGAGGCAAAUUUUGAAAACUGUUCGGACGAUUUACUAGCAGCAAGAGAGCUUGCGGCAUCUGCUGCUGCAGCUGUAGCAAAAUCCAGAAUGGAAAUGAAACAGAGACGAGCUCGUGAAGCAAAAAAUUCAGGGCCUGCUCAAUCUGCUGCAGAAGCCACUCUCCAAAUGUUGAGAACGAAGAGGCUCAGCUCCAAAGUCAAUUAUGAUCGCCUGGCAAAGUUAUUUGAUGAACCAGCAGAGCUGUAUAAUCCCAAGAAAGUACGAUUUGAGCUACCCUCUGAUAAUCAUGACAAUUUACAGUCCAAGGUAGAGGGAAAAAAGGAUGAUGAGCUGGGAUCAGCAGAUGAUUUUGAGGAUGAAGGGGAUAAUAGGGUGAUAGAUGAAAAUACUUUGUAUACUGAAAAUAUGGAUGAAACAUAUGACUAUGAGAAUGAUGGUUAUAACUAUGACGAUGAUGAUUAAUGAAA